AUGAAGCCAAUUUUUCGCAUUGGAAAUGAUGUUUUGGGUGAAGGUGCCGUCAAUUUCGAAUGGCGACCUGGGGGAAAAUAUAUUGCAGUAUGCGGAUCAAAUCGAUUGGUGAAUAUCUAUGAUCGAAGUGGCAAAUUGAUCGAUGCAAUCACCAAAGCCAAAGAUGUAAUUUCAAUGUGCUGGGAUAAAGAUGGUGAUCUUAUUGCUUUGGCAAGCGAUCAGUCACCUGUAGUGAGCUUUGAAACAUCAGUGUUUCUUCUAUGGUCCCAUGUAUCAUCAACUCUGGCUAUCGGUACUAACAAAGGAAAUUUGGUGUUGUACAACCAUCGUGCAUCAAAAAAAACCCCGAUAGUUGGUAAACAUCAACGAAUGAUUACUUGUGGAGCAUUCUCGGAUGGAGACUUUUUGGCACUUGGAAGUAAGGAUGCAUUCAUUACAGUAAGCAGUAUGAAUGGCGAUUCGCUUUAUUCCUUCGCGUGCAAUUCAGAACCAACACUUAUUAAGUUUCAUAGCAUGAAAAGAGCAAAUGAGAAGAAGAAAACUAAAGUUGAUAUUAUGCUGAGUGCAGUACUUGAAGAUAGGAUGAUAAUGCUUAUCAAUUUGGAUGAUUCCGAAAAUCCAAUCAAUCUGCAAUUUCAAAAUCGUUAUGGGAAAAUUGUUUCUUACGUUUGGUUCGCUGAUGGAUACAUACUACUUGGCUUUAUUAAAGGAUUUGUUGUUUGCAUAUCGGCAUAUGCUUCAGAAAUGGGUCAGGAAAUCUUCUCCGUUCAAGAUUUUAAAUCAUAUUUGGCAUAUUUAUGUAUCAAUGAAAAUUCCGAAAAAGCGCUAAUUAUUGGUGAUAACCAGCUGAAAAUUCGUGAACUAAAUCAACUAGAAGAAAUAAAUGGAUUAUAUAAUAUAGAAGAAGAAAGCAAGGAAUUAUACAAGAUCGGCACUACAGAAGAUGGACAAUUUGUUGCUAUUUCGAGUACUUCAGGAACUUUACAAGUUUUUCUGGCGAAGAUACCAAUUUUAGGGGCUGUUUAUAAUGAAUUUAUGGCUAUAUUAUCAUCUCUUAAUGAAAUUACCAUUAUUCGAGAAGGAGAAAAAGUUGCAACCAUUAAUAUAGAGCUGGAACCAACUGUGAUAGGAGUUGGUCCUUUAAAUGUAGCGAUUGCUAUGAACAAUCGAGCAUGGUUUUAUGAGAUGAAUGAAGGCUCGCAAAACUUAGAUUCUGCUGUGGUUUAUGAAUUCGAAUAUAUUUCUACAAUAAAUGCAAUGAAAAUGAACUACGAAUUUGCAGUUGCAAAGUUGGAUGGAAGAGCGCAAUUGCACAAAAUGAAAGGAAAGGAUAACAGGUAUGGAAGCGAUGAAGAUACUUUACUGUUUCCUGAUUCAGACCAUAGUAAUUUUCGAUUACAAGAUGUUGCACUCACAGCAAAUUUCCUCAUUUAUUGCACUGAUGGUGGUCAUUUGCAAUAUUUUGCUCUCGAAGAUUCGACAUGCGUUAAUGAAUAUCGUCAUGUAAGUGGAAUAAAGACGAUCUUCCCGGAACCAGGUGGUAUACGGUUAUGUUUUUUCGAUGAAACUUUUGAUGCCUAUAUUUAUAACCCCGUCGAUGAUGGAUUAGUCAAAGUGCCAAUAGGAUCUACUGCUCAUUUUGCAUCAUGUUUGUGGGAAAAUUUUACGAUUGAUAAAGAUACAUUUGUAAUUUGGGACUCAACUAAUUUGCUUGCAUUUUCUUUUUUGAAGGAUCAAAUUGAUGGUAAGUUCUUUUUUUGUAUUGUAAUUUCAAUUGGCGUUAAUGAAUAUCGUCAUAUGAGUGGAAUAAAAACGGAACCAGGUGGACAGUCUUUAUUGCAACUUGGUAAAACAGCGAUUCCCCAUCAGUACAAACCAUUGAUGUUAUGCAAGGGUAUUAUGUACUGCCAGACACAGAGUGGUCAGAUAGGAAGUAUUCUGUUGGAAAGUCACAAAACUCAGAUUGCUGUCGAUGACAAAUCGUUUGCUGAAAUAGAGAACCUUCUGCAACAAACUUUAAAUUUGAAAAGGUACUUCUGUCACUGGAAUUUGAAGUUUGGCAUUGGAAAUUCGUGA